CAACGAUGGAGAGCCCCGACCUCACACAGACGCAGGCCGACGCCUGCGCCGCGCACAAGUGCAGCAACGGCGAAGAGAACAAUGUGCCGCCACCAUCCGUCCAGCGCGCGGGCAAUGGACAGCCCAGACAGCCCCUCGCGGCCCUCGGCGCCGCGCGCGACGCGCCGGAGCGCGAGCCGCAGCGCGAGUUCAUUCCGCUGUCGGACGGCGAGCGCGCGGAGCUUCUCGCGUAUCUCGCGGAGGAGGCGGCGGCGCAGCCGCCCGCCCCAAAAGUAGCUCAAGACCCCUCGGCUCGUAAGAGACGAGCGGACGCCCUCGCGGCGGCCAGAGGUCAUGAAGCGGUGGACGUCGACGCCCACGCCGCUGCGGCGCUGGACGACGCGUACGCACCGCGGGAUCGGGUUUGUAUGGCGGGUACUGGAGCGACCUACCCGAAGCACGAGUGGGACUGGGUGUACCUCAAGCACGAGGACCAGCGCAAGCGCACCAUCGAGAUCCUGGAGGGCCUCGGCUACCUCAACGUCGCCGACGACGUCGUCAACAAGGUCAGCCGGUUGUACUUCGACAACCGCGAAACGUUAAGUCCUCUCGAGUGUUGCAACGACAUGAGGGAGGCGGCGCUCACCAAAGCAUCGUGGAACCGCCUCAUCAACAAGAUCCUCAACUACAUGAUGACCUACGACCCCAACCGGGCGGGCCCCGAGCCGGCGCACGGGCCGAUCCUGCGGCAGAUGUGGGCGGAGCUCCAGAAGGUCGGCAUCACGGUCAAUGGUGAUGUGGAGGGCAAGUUGGCGGGCCUGGGCGUCAAGGGCGCCUACAGCUCCUGCCACAUGAGCGGUGACACGGCCGAGCUGUCGAAGGCGUCGUCGCUCUUCCACAAGCUGUGGAUCGUAGCGGCGACGAGGGACAAAUUGGACCCGAUCAUCAAGCAGACCAUCGACUGCUCGUUCGGCAACGCCACGGCGAACUCGGGCGAGAUCGAAUCGCUGCGCACGGACAAGCACGGGAGCUUCCACGGCGCCGCGAACGACGUCGCGCCCCUCUGCAAGCGCUACGUCAACCCGCAGCACGCGCGCGCCGCGAACGAGAUGUUCCUCGGCCGCGGGGCGGUGCCGCGCGGCACGAAGCUGUUAAUAGGCAACUUCGGCAAGGACGUGAUCGCCCACGCGAUUGAACGCGGCUGCUUCGGGAAGUAUGCACGUUGUCCGAGUCGUAGACACUUCAACUUGCGGCGCGACGGCGUCGGCCUCCGCGCCAUCGACGCGGCGUGGUCCUCCAGAACUCACGUCGAGAGAACGCCCCUUCGCGACGACCUCACGGUUGGUCCGCGCAGUUCCGAUGCAUCGACGUCGGCGGCCUCGACUUUCGGAGGCUGCCGCUCUCGGAGAUCUGCUACACUGGGGACAAGGGACGCGGCCGGCUCCGAGACGACUUCGACGAAGUCGAUAGAUUGUUAGAAGAGAAGUAUCCUGGGGUCCACAAGGUGCACGACUUUUUGAGACAGAACGGGCUGCGGGACGCGCUGCGCGGGAACAAGCCUACGAGGACGCGCGGGGCGAGGCAGAUCGUCACCCCGACGUGUACGUUGUUCCAGGGCCUCGCCACCGGACACACGCCUGUGAUCAAGUCCUUCAGAGCCCUGACCGUCUCCGCCGGAAUGGUCUACGGGAAUCCGGAGUCGCUGGAUUUGUUGCAGGGCUGGGACGACGACUGGGCGGAGAAGGCGGCUUUAGAAACGUCCAUCGAUUGUAAGAUAUCGGACCUCGAGAUGGCGACCGUCGACGCGUCCGACUUAGCGAAGGUGGGGGGCGCGCGGCCGUGGGAGUCCAUCACGGUGCCCAAGCGCCGCAUCACCGAGAACCAGCACGGCGAGCCGGUCCUCAAGAAGCUGCGCGACGAGGGCAAGAAGCCGGCGACGUGCUUCGCCUGCGGCAACAAGUUCCUGUAUGGGGGCGGCCUGACGGCGGGCUUCCGGUGCGCGCGCGGCACGAAGCCGGGCUGCGGGAGCCGCGGCCAGACGAAGCUUGACUGAUAUACGAGUAAGUGCUCUCUCUCUCAAA